AUUGUGGAUUUUGGAGGGCACUUAAUGACAACUGUAGCAUACACAAACCACGAUUAAGCCUAUGAUGGGUUAAGCAACGUGUGAUCCAAGGUUCAUGGUGCAGACUUCGUGCCUCCUCAGAAGUUAAGUGCAAGAGUGCACUUAGGUUAAGAACUGCACCCGACUUUUUGCAAUUCUUCCACAUUUCGGGAAUGGAGUGGAAAUCCCCUCAGGAACGCCUUUAGUUGGCUCCCUCUUUCAUUUUCACCGGCAGAGGAAGUUACUCUGCAAAGGGGGCCGAUCGUCAUCGUCUGGAUUUCGACAUGGCUGCUGAGGGAAGCGGGAGGAACCGGCCGAUGGCCUCAGUUGCAAUUCCCGGGGAAUCGAGACUUUCUGACAGCAUCUCAUGCAUCCUUCGAAUUGGGAAAGCCUUGCUGUGGGGAUUCAUCAAGACUCUCUGGCAGCGAUUGGCAGCUUGCUCUCCCCACCCGGCCCCCUUGGAGCAGUUUGGCAGAGACCGCUUGCCAGGGGAACAAGCAAAUGGGGGAGAUGAGCCAGAUGCUGCCCAGGUGUAUUCAUUGCAAGAGCACAUGUUCCGCAUAUUACAGGAACUCAGAAGUAAUGCAGAUAUCACCAGAAUGGCAGAAAGCGUAAUCAGUGAAAAUCCACUCCACGGUCUGGCUGAAGUAUCAGAGGAGAUGUUUGCUACUGGAGUCAACUGGGGACGGAUCGUUGUCUUCUUCUACUUUACAUUUGAAGUUGGCAGACAGUCUGCCUCCAGUUUCUUCAGGGAUGUGAUGGACUGGGCCAUGAACUUUUUAAGGGAUCGGCUGGCUCUCUGGAUCGAACAGCAGGGAGGCUGGAAUGCUUUACUAAACUUUUUCCCAUCAUAAGAACAGAAAUCUGGAAAGAUUGGUAUUUCUCAUUCCUGCUGUGUGGAAGGCUAAGAAAAUUAUUGAUUCCUUUUGGGAAACCUUGGAUGGAUUUCACCCUGACCAGAAAUAAUAAUAAAAUGAAACUGUUGCUUA